CUCCACACACACAGAAUCUAGCAUCCAUCAUGGAAGAACAUAUCAACCUAGAGAGUGGCGCUGCUCAUGAUCACAACUUGCUCAGCUCAUCCUCCUCCUCUUCUUCUUCUUCAACGACUUGUGGUAGUUCUACAACCAAGAACAAUUCAGGUGCCAACAAAAACACGAAGAGUUCUCCCAAAGGGUCGAGAUCAAGAUCAUUAGCGGCUCAAGAUCAUCACAGCUUGGACAAUCAUGAAGAUGAUCAAGAUGAUCAUGAUCAUAGGAAACGGCCGAAGAGUAGUACUACAGACGGCAAUGAUGACGGCAAGCACCCCACAUUCCGGGGAGUGAGAAUGCGUAACUGGGGCAAAUGGGUGUCUGAAAUCCGGGAGCCAAGGAAGAAAUCGAGAAUAUGGCUUGGAACAUACCCGACAGCAGAAAUGGCAGCUCGAGCCCAUGAUGUAGCGGCGCUGGCAAUCAAAGGUGCUUCUGCUUAUCUAAAUUUCCCUGAAUUGGCACAAGAACUUCCCCGGCCGGUAACCAAGUCUCCAAAGGACAUCCAAGCCGCCGCCGCCAAGGCGGCUGCUUCCACAUUUGUACAAGAGCCGAGAAUUAGAAGCCAAGUGGAGCCGAUUCCUGGCUCGGAGUCAUCAAUAUCGGCGACUUUGUCCAUGGACAACACAGAAGAAUCAACAACAUGUUCACCUUGUACCGACGAGGAUGACACAUUGUUUGAUUUGCCGGAUCUUUUCAUCAAGGGAACGGAUCUAAGUCGUGAUCAUCACGGACUGUGCUAUUAUUCGUCGAUGUGGCAGUUGUGUGCAUCAGAUACAGUGUUUCGGCUUGAAGACUCAUAUAAUUUAUGGGAGUAUAAGUAGUCCUACUAUAGCUAGCUAGCUAUCUAUAUAUAUUUUUAUAGCUAGAGAUCAUAUGUAUCUUUUGUCAACAUGCAUUAACCAGCUUGAUGUUCAUGAUCAUCAUCAGCAUAUAAUUUACGAGACAUGCGCAUGCACCAAGAAC